ACGAUAGCCAAGUUCGAUAAAACAAAGCACCUGCAUUUUGAGCGUGCAUAGCAACAAUUAGUCUGUUAUUUAAUUAUUUCAAGUUGCAAUACAAAAAUGAGUAAAAUUGAUAAAAUAAAACGCGAAGCAAGUGUUUUACAAGGUCACUCUCCAGUGAACAAGUAUGAGUUGCUGUGUGUGGAAAGAAUGUCUCGUGGCCAGUUGGGCCCAGAUGAGGAGAAGAUGCAGUUGGCUUUCCAGGCCUUCGAUACCAUCAUUCCCAACCUCGGAGUCUAUAUAAGGAUUUUUAAGCGCCUGAGAGACGAUUUGUUUGAGGCUGUUUACAGCGAUGACCUGACUACAGCACAAGAUGGCAGUGUUACCCCGAUACCAUACUUCAUUCACAUUGCUCGCCGUCAGAACACACAGUCAGAGAAAAUGGAUGAAAUGGAGGAACAGCUAGAGACAGUUAAAAAGAGAUUAUUUGAAAAGCACAAACAGCUCGAAGAAAGUCACAGAGAGAAUCUGCAGCUCAAGCAGACCGUGGCUGAACUCAAAGAGGUCAUUGCAGACAUGAAGGAAAAAAUGGUGGACAAACUGGCUGACAUUGAAAGUCUAAACAAUGACCUGGUGAAGGAGAGAGACAAUCGCCAACGUGAGAAAGAGCGUAUGAUGGCUGAUAUUAACGACUUAAAUACUGCUCUACAAGAAAACAAGGAAGAAAUAGAGUACCUGUCCACUUUCAAGAAAGGCUAUGAUGAUCUGUCAGUCGCUUUUACUGAUCAGCCUGAAGAUUCUGUAACACCACGAAGUCAGAAAAAGCCUGUGGUAUCCACAAAGCGGGCCAACAUCAUGACUAAUAUCCAGCUUGCCAAGAAGCUGGAAGAGCAGAUCAUGACAGUUCUCAACACGGCAGUAGAAGAGUUUGACAAAUUCCUGGAAGGCCACAAGGAGGAGUUGCUGCAGUUUGAGACGCACGAGGAGCAGACGGACGCAGAGUUUGACGCCCAGCAGAUCGACAUCGACAACGCUGACCAGCAGUUAGAAGCUAUUCAAGAGAGGUUCAAGAGCACAGUGGGUGACAUUUCUAACGAGCUCCUGCUUCUCAAGCAGCACAGCACUAUGCUGAUGGAGCAGCUACAGAUCCUGGAGGAGACACACCCCACCAUCAUGAGAAAGGGUGAAAAGCUGAGAGUAGAGGCAGGUGUCUCUAAAUCAGAUUCCAUUCUUUCGGCGGGUCUGGGUGAGGAUGAAGAUGAUGCUGACAACGACCCAUUCAUUCCACAAGAGCGGGUCUUCAGCAAGUAUGCCGCCAUGGUUUACACCUCCAACAACCAGGGCAAAUCAUUUGAGGAAUUUAAAGAUGCCAAGUUUUGUCAAAGCUGUGGUGAAAAGACUGUGAUUUGUCCUCACAAGCUCCCAGGUUCAGAGAAGGUGUUCCCGUUGCCCAUUAACUGCACCCACAUCAAGAUUUCACGUCCAAAAGUGAAAAUCAACAAGGAGUUGAUGAGAGAGCUGAUGAAGGCCCAGGAUGAUGAGGAGGUGUCCUUUGAUUUCCCAUCCUCUGUUGGCAAGCAGUUUGACACGAGUCGAGAACAGAGUGUCCGGGGUGGUCCAGGCUCCUUAGUGUCCAUUGACUCGAGUCGAGACGGGAUGACCAGUGGGGCAGGCAGUGAGAUUCACAUGAGAUACAGUCUACUGUCGGUGUUUGAUGACUUCAAACAGAGGUCCAGUCUGGAGAGGGAUGUUCCACGGCCAAUCCCUCUGGAGAGGUGCAUUUCCAUCAUAGAACAGUUCUGGACGUACGUCAUAUUUGAAGAUGACAACGGUAAAGAAGAGGACAUGCACGAUUCUAUUAUGGACAAGCUGUACAAGUUCAUGGAGGAGAGGUACAUUGUGAAGGACAUAAUGCUUCUGUGUAACUAUGACUUCCUGUCGGCCAUUGUGGAGUAUUCAGAGCAAGAUAAGAUAGUCCAGCUGUUUGCCCACAUCCUGGUGGGUAACCUAGAGGGCGCCGUGUUCCGCUACACGAUGCUGCUGUGCGACUUCAUUGACGCCAUCGACUGGCAUGAGGUGGAAGACUUCAGGGCGUUUGCCUCUGUUGUCUAUCCAUUCCUAGGGGAAGAUGAUCUGGAGACCCUGCAGAUGAACUACACGUCAUUCAGCGAGAACAAGGUGUCCAAAAACAUGGUGUCCCAGUUUAUCAUUCGUCUCAUACUGAAGUACCGGGAACCGCGCAUACAAGAUAUGGAGAAUAGGAUCAUGCCGUUCCAGACGCAGCCGGAGGGCCGUCAGUCUGGUCUGACCGAGCGGGAGUUCAAGGAGGCCAUCGACAACAUCCUGCCGCUCACCAACGACCAGCUGAGGCGCAGGCUGUUCUUCGAGACCGAGAAAAUGGUGCGCCGAGAAGGGACGCUGAACUGCGUGUCCGUCAUGAGGUGUGCACAAAUUGCAAGUUACCUGGGACUUCUCAAUAUCACGAACGUCGUGCGGGACACGAUCAAUGGCAAGGUCACAGAGUGGCGUCGUAGACCAAGCAGCUCUGGGUCAGCGCGUGUGGUCCACGAGCACGAGGCUCAUCUGCUGCAUGAUGAUGAUAGUAAACUGAUCACUAUGUCCAAGGUGAAACUCCUCUCAGCAAAUAUCUCAAGGCGAAUACAGCUUCGUCAAGAACGCUACGAUGUAGCCGAGGACCAGCCAUACUACAACUGAACUGAUGAAGGGCACUUAUAAUGGAGUCACAGUUCAGGGGCCUGGUACUCACAAACAUCAUCUUAAAGGCACUUGUUCACAUAUUGUGAAAAUGAAGUUUUUCCUACUUUUUGUCAUGGCUUCAAAACAGAAGGACUAUGUGCAUCAGGAAGCAAAAAAACAACUAAUGAUGUACACUUGCGAGUUAUGAUCAUUUGAAAUAGAUAUGGGCCAUGCUCUGUGAAAAGCGGGUUAAAUGCAUGUGCUUAAUGUGUCGUCCCAGAUUAGCCUGUGCAGUUCGCACAGUCGUAUACAGUGAAUCUGAUCUUAGCAAAAAUCCAGUUUAGUGGGAAAGUGUUGUCCCUGAUUAGCCUGUGUGGACUUAACAGGCUAAUUCGGGAUGACAUUUUACGCACAUGCAUUAAACCCCCUUUUCACGGAGCACGGCUCAUAUUUGAGUAUAAUUAAAUGAGUAUUUACUUAUGUUUCUGCUGUUUUCUUUACAUUGUGUGACAUAUCAUGGAUGCCUUAUAAACAGUUUUAAAUGCAUGUUGUGAUAUAAUAUCAUAGUAUGGAUUGUUCAAUGGUUAAAGAAUAUCCUUUUUAUCUAAGGUCACUGGUUCAAGUCCUAUGCAGCAAAAAUAAAUAAAUUACUUUUAAAUUUUUUUCAUUGUUAUUAUACAAGAGCUUUCUAAUUUAAUAUUACAUUCAUCAAUUCAAAGCAUAUAAUGAGAAACUUUUAAAACAUUCCAAAACUCUGUGAACACAACCCUUUGAAUUAUUUUGUUCUUCAGGGAGCAUUUCGGAUAAAAUGUUCAAUGGUUUGCCGAGAUCCAAAUUUGCUAGUUAUAAAUUCUUAAUGCUGAAGUUUAACCUUGAAAUUUUAAACAUGGAAACAAUACUUUUUUGCUCAAAGUUUCAAUGCAGAAGUUUGAUACAUGAACAUUAGUAAAAUGGUUUCACAAAAUUCACAUAAAACAAGUUAAGGUCAAUAAUUACUUGCAUUCAUAUUUUGGUAACAUUCGACUAUAUGGCAUAGGACAAAUAGUAAGCGAUAUUUACCCUUUCCCACUCUGAAGCAAAGUUAAAAUGACUAUGUGCAAACAGCAUAAAAGCAGAACAGCCUGCAAGUGACUCACAGUCUGUUCAGGUUUUAUGCUGUUUGCUGCUCAUCAGUAUCUAUAGGUUGGAAAUGAAGCCUUUAAAACUUUCAUUUAGUAAAAAAGGUCUUUAAUAAAGUGUAACUUUCUAAGGGACCACAAAUACGUUGCUCGCAGACUGUUCUGGUUUAUGCUGUUUGCACAUAGCCAUUUCACUUUGCUUCUGAGUGCAAAAGGGUAAAAUGACUUGUUCUAUAACAGUCUUUGUUUGUUUUGUGUUGUCUGAUUAAAUCAUGCAUCACUGUUAUAUACAUGAUCGUGUUUUAAUUUUUAUGUUUUGUGAUAAAUCUUAUUUUGUGA